AUGUUACUUUUUUUUAUAGUAAUUGCUUUGUUUAAAAUUUUAAAUAUCAUUAUUGGAAAUGAUAUAUCAUUUAUUUAUAGCUAUGAAAGACAAAAAAGAAACGUCUAUAGACCUUCAUUGUUUAAUUGGAACUUUAGAGAUUCAAUUAAUAAAUGGAGAAAUAAUGAUAAAAUGCUUAAUAUUAGAAGAAAAAUGACUCCAGCCAAUUGGAGAAAAAAUAAUUCAUCUACGGUUAAAAAAGAACCAAGUAUUCCACAAAUUACCAAAGUCAGUUCUAAUUUAAAUCUUAAUAAAAAAAGAAAUAACAUAAUAUAUUAUGUUGAUUCUAAACUAAGGGUUGAAACUAUUCAAACAGCACUUAGUAGAAUUGAAAAAGAAACAUGUUUAAAAUUUAUAAGAACAAAAGAUUUUAAGAAAACUGAAAUAAAAUAUUUACCUGGUAGAUUUUUUGAAACAAUUUUUGAAAAAAAUCUUGAUAAUCCUUUUAAAAUAUAUGUUCCAUCCAAUUCACAACAUAUUGGAAAAAUUAUUCGAGAAACGAUGCAUGCAUUAGGUGUUGAAUAUGAACAUACUAGAAGUGAUAGAAAUAAUUUCAUAUCAGUAAUUAAAAGAAAUAUAAUUGCUAGUUAUAGAAAAUAUUUUGAAAUAUUUAAAGAAAAAUUUAAAAAAAAAUACAGUACUCCAUAUGACGUUAGAUCAAUUAUGCAUUAUGCAUCAUAUGAAUUUGCAAGCGGAAAACAAAAAGUUUUAAAUUGUAAAGAUAAAUUGUUGAAGGAAUCAAUGGGUAAAUCAAAUUAUCUUACUUUUAAUGAUGCCAAACAAUUAAAUGAAAAAUACUGUUCUUAUCCAAGUAUCCAAUAUCAAUCUUGUUAUUUUCAUGGAUAUCAAAAUCCGAAAUUUCCAAAUAAAUGUAAAUGUCUUCCAUUUCUUACUGGUAAUAGAUGUGAAACUUUUUUACCAAAUUCAAACCGUUGCACAAAACAUAACGUACGUGUUAUGGGCAGUAGAGUAGAAGUAUAUAACUUUAUUAUGGGACCAAAUUGUUCAUUCAUUAUUAGAGGAAGUUCAUCCAAAAAAAUUGCAGUGGAUAUAAAAUUUACUGAUAUGAAAUUUAAAUAUACAUCAUUAUGUAGUGAGGCAAAUAGUAUUGAAGUUAAAUAUAAAAAUGAUUUAUCCAUUAGUGGAGCUUUAGUGUGUCCAAAUGAUAAAAGUUUUCGAGUAGUAGCACAAAACAAUACUAUAGUAAUUGUAGGAAGUAAUUUUAAGCAAGAAACAGAGUUGAGUGUGGUAGCAAUAGAAGUAUAA